CGUCCAUCCCACCACCCCGCGUUGACCGAGACGUGCGACACCGAACGACUGCCUAGGCCACAUCAUCGCGGCAGCCUCCAUCCUUGCACCAAAGAAAAUCUAGCCAACCACCUACACCCGCGUCCUCUACUCAAACCUCAAUUCCUGGGUUCUAUCGGUGGACCUCUAUCCAGAGCUCAGUCAGACCUCGUCGCUUCACUCCAGUAUCAUCACAGAAAGAUCUGCCAAAAUCGAAGCAAGCAGAGCAUCCGCCCACCAUGGCUACACAAUACGAAGUCGAGCACAACAUCAAGCCCGGGCCCUCAACCCAAGACGGAACCCGCCGCAUCGACAUGUCCUCCUUCACCUCCUUCCUCUCAAACCUCACAACCGACAACCAUGCAGCCGCCGCCGCCGCCGCCCACCACAACCCGCACGCGACACCGACCCCCGUAGACGCAGCAGCCCUCUACACCCUCCUCCAGCAACAGUUCCAAACCCUCUUCUCCACCGCGCCCAACACCCAAAACGCAGCCUUCCUCUCUUCCCUGGUCGAGGCCCUCGAAUCGGACAUCUCCUCCCCGCCCACCGAGAUCCCGGGCGUAUCCCACGAGUACCUCGACUCCCUCGACCGCGUCCCCAAGAAAUCCCUAAAGGAAGACGAGGCCUGCCCGAUCUGCGCCGAAAAGUUUCUUAACGACAAGUACCCGCUCGUCGUCGAGCUCCCCUGCCACAGCAGCCACCGCUUCGACCUCGAGUGCGUGAGCCCCUGGCUGAGGAGUAAGGGCAGCUGUCCGAUGUGUCGCAAGGACUUGACCAAGAAGAAGGAGCCUGUUGUUGUGGUGGAUGAUGAUGAUGAGGAGAAUGAUGACCCCGAUGGAUUGUAUGCGUAAAGGCUGCCAGUGUGGCUCAGGCGUGGACUGGGAUUUGCGAGGAGAAAGAGAGAGAGAGAGAGACAGAACAAGACAUCAUCGGCAUGACGAUUGGCAGACGGCAGGCGCGCGGUGGGAAGGGGAGUAGGGGAUAUCUCAAAUUCGAUUGGGAGUGAGUGGUUUGGCGUUGAGGCUGCAUUUGAUAUCCCCCAUGCAUAUUACGACAACUUGAGAAAAGUAGGAAACUGAGGAAGAAAAGGGAGAAAAAAAAAAUACAAAAAAUACAAAAAAACAACAAUGGGACGACCGAUCGAGGAAUCGAACUUGGAUCCCGAAAUAGACAGGAGACUUCACUGCCUAACCGGGGCCUCUGCAGCCCGAUUAACCCCUCGACCAUACGGCCCAGGUACUUGUUGUUGACGAGCGGUGGUGAUUCAUCGGCUAUAGAGCCUCGCGAGGCUGUCUGGUGAGUAUUCUGGGCGGGUAGGUCAUAUCCCAGGGCGGGCAAGGCAGUGAAUCACUCGGGCGUCCUGAAAUACUCAUACACCAGGAGCCCCGCCUUCGAUUUCCAUACGUAUAGCACACGAGAUAUCUAGGUCCAUGGUAGGGAGCUACUCAAUACGCAUGGUACAUACCGGGACUGAUAGUUCGGUAUACACAUACACACAUGCAUCUGGCUUGACCACCUAGGAGGCC